UAGGGGCCAACUCCCAUGCGUCUGGGGCUGUGCCAUUGGCAUAUUUUGGAGGCUGUGCCCUAUAAAAGGCUGAGCACACGUUGGGCUUUGCAGACUCACAGAAAACGUGUGAAGCAAGGCACCGGCAAGCAGCAGGGCAUUAUUAUUCCCCCUAAGACUUUCUGCCUGAAGAUGCCUGUAAUGCGGACGAUAACGAGAGUGGCCAAGCAGAUGGCGCAGAGUCCUGUUUGCGGUUGCCAGAUCUCUGUUAUGCCUAUCCGGUCCAUUGGUUUUUCUCCCCGCCAAGUGCCAUCAGACGCCAGCUUCCACUCUGUGUCCUUCUCUGAGACAGACCACCCUCGCGUGCUCAUCACAGGAGGACUAGGCCAGCUGGGCGUGGGACUUGCCAAACUGCUGAGAAAACGCUAUGGAAAGAACAAUGUGAUCCUGUCUGACAUACGUAAACCCCCAGACAGCGUCUUUUACAGCGGGCCAUUCAUCUACUCUGAUAUUCUGGACUAUAAGAAUCUACGUGAGAUCGUUGUGAACAAUCGGAUAACGUGGCUCAUUCACUAUAGUGCUUUGCUCAGCGCAGUCGGUGAGGCAAACGUUCCGUUGGCCAGAGCGGUCAAUAUUACAGGGCUACACAAUAUUCUGGAUAUUGCCGCUGAACACGGGCUGCGCCUGUUUGUGCCGAGUACAAUCGGAGCCUUCGGUCCCACCUCGCCCAGAAACCCAACUCCAGAUCUGUGUGUGCAGAGACCAAGGACAAUCUAUGGUGUUUCCAAAGUCCAUGCAGAGCUUAUGGGAGAGUAUUACCACUACAGAUACGGCCUGGACUUCCGGUGUCUCCGUUAUCCUGGAAUUAUUUCUGCUGAUUCCCAACCUGGAGGAGGAACUACAGACUAUGCUGUCCAGAUUUUCCAUGAUGCUAUCAAGACUGGAAGGUUCAUGUGCAACCUAAAACCAGACACUCGUUUGCCCAUGAUGUAUAUUGAUGAUUGCCUAAGGGCUACCCUGGAGGUUAUGGAGGCACCCGCCCCGUCGCUUACUAUGAGGACGUACAACAUCAAUGCCAUGAGCUUCACACCUGAGGAGCUGGCAAUAGAGGUUCAGAAGCACAUGCCAGAGCUUGAAGUUGUUUAUGAUGUGGAUGCCGUCAGGCAAGCCAUCGCUGACAGUUGGCCAAUGAAUUUUGAUGACAGCAAUGCUCGCAAGGACUGGGGGUGGAAACAUGAUUUCGACAUGGCCGAGCUGGUAACUACCAUGCUCAAUUACUUGAACUCUGGGAGACUGGCAAUUCAGGCAAACUGAGCCCGACGUCCUGCAAAGAUCCAGAUGACGUACGUUGAGUCUUUGGGACAACUGCACGUGCCAAUGUGUGGGGUAUACAAUCCGUGGUACAACCAAUAGGAAACCAUAGAUUGUAUGAUACAUUACUUGAAAGUAUUUGUUUAUGUAAAGGUUGAGAAGAGGAAGGUGCUAAUUGUCUUAUUGAUCUGCAUUUUUCUUAAUUUAAAAAUCUGUAAUUAUUUUAGAAUUUGUACAUACAUUUAUUAUUUUUUUUUCCACUGCACAAUCAGUUUUUUGGCAGCACUCAGGAUAAGAAUUUUCUGUAUAUUUCAAUGUUUUUUUUGGAGUUCGGCAUGUAAAUACUGCAGGGGAGUUUUGCAAAUAGAAAUGAAUGGGGGGGGGGGACGAUUUCUAGGGAAUUAUUAUUAUUAUUAUAUGAGAAUUAUAUAUAAAUUAUAUAUAAAAGUCAUGUUUUGACUGGACAGUACUGCUUGGUGUCAUAACUGUUAAGUGGUGGGGGCUAGAACCAACCCGUAGCCAAUGAAAGCAGUUCAUAAAUGCACAGAACCAACUGCAGUAGGAAUGAAAACCCAUCUGUUGUAUAAAGUUAUAGUCAUACCUCCAGGGGUAAUUAAUGUUCCAAACCAUUUUAUAUGUUAGAGCAAUGAGUAAACAUGUCCAUUUGAGUCCAUUAUAUAUAGUAUAUAUAUAUAUUUUGUAACUUUUAUUUUAUUUUUGAGUUACUUUAGCAUUUAAGGUGACUACAAAUAAAAUAAAUAUUAUUAUUUGGGUUUUAUAUAUUAAAAAAAAGUUGGCGUUCCAUGGAAAAUGUCUUCUCUUUUAGUCAGUAGAACUAAAUCUAUUUAUAGCAUAUCAAAUUUUAUAAAAAAUGUAAAAAUAAUAAAUUAAAAUUAAAAAAAAAGGGGGGGGGGGGGGGGAGAAUGUCCUGGGGCGAAAAUCUAUCAGCAAAAAUAAAUCCAAGUUUGUAGCUAGAUGUUAAUCUCAUGUCUGUUUAAUGUGCUGUACAUAAGGCGAGCGUAGAUAUUAUUUAUAUAUACUUUCCUGCAGUUGGUCAAGAGAAAAGUAAUGCGUAGGUCAAGCGAAAUAUUUAAUGCUAUUUUUUUCCAAGCUUGAAUAAAUAUGGCAUUAUGCUCAUCUGUUAUUUAAUGAAAAUCCCUACCAAAAAACAAAUAAAAUGGGUAUUUAAUGAG